AUGGCGACAACCUCGCCGACACCCAUGGGCAAUGGCCUUGUCCGAAGAACAUCACAAAGACAAGCCCUUAGGAGAUUACCUUCGCGCCCAGCUGCAAACCACAACGAGAGCUUUUCUGCUCCUACGAACCAACCACUUCCCAAUGGCUAUCACCCAAAACCUCAGCAAUUCCACGAUGAUAGCUCCGAGGAUGAGAUCCCGGUACCUAUGAAGCUCAGUGCUCUCACCAAGGCGCUUCUCAAUGAUGGUGAUCCCGUACCCGCAGAGCGUCCGGUUUCACCUCCCCGAACGCGACGGCGCACGAGUGCCCUGAACGCGUCGACAUCUUCAACCAGUGAGACCCGCCGACAACGAAGGUCCGGAAGCGUACAGCCCCACGACACAAGGUCCUCAAGACCAACAAGCCCAGCACAAGUACAAAGUCGAGAGAUCAGCCCCGUUAGAAAGCGAGUUGUUCGAUUAAGCAACACGCCUCAAAGUCUAAAUCAAUUAAAGCCUACCAAGCGACGUUCGACCUCGACAUCUCGCUCAACCCAACGGUCCCGACCUCAAAGCCGCCCUGAUAGCCGCGAUAUGUCUUCUGACGAGCGCUAUGAUUCUAAGCAGGACUCAAAAGAUUCCAAACAGGAUUCUCAACUGGACGUGAACACCCCAGCGCAGGGCGGGCGCGUUGUGCGAAUUAAUGCCGGUUCUCCCAGCAACAGGAGUCGGCUUGGCUCCACUGGCCCUUCUUCAGGGAGAUCCGCGGACCGAUCUAUGGUGGACAGAUCUACAAUUGAAGACAAUGACCAGCUCGAGGAGCCUGCGACGGUUGCGAGGAAUCCUCCUCCCUUCCACCACGGCAGCGUCUCCAGGUACCCUUCGACAACGACGAGGACAAGGCCCGAAGAUAACGGGAACCUGCAGAAUUCAAUGCGUGUGAGGCGCGUCAGCAAGGUUGCCGGCAGCUUCUUGAGUGGCCCAGCUCGACGCGGUCGCCGGAGACAGAGCGAAGAGGAGGGCGAAGGACACGCAGAUGGAGACAUCUUGUCUAGUCAUGAAGCUGACGGCCAACCCGCCGAGGACCAGCAUGCCGCCUCAUAUUAUGGAGAUGGUAUCCGAGACUUCAAUUCGGGAAGUCCAGUUAGCGGACAGGCCGCCGCCAGAGCAAUCCACCGUCGCAAUGCUUCUAACAUCGAUUUGCGACUCGGUGCCGCUAGGCAAUAUUCAAGGGAAACAUCGCCAAGAGAAUCCACCCCAGAAGUGCAGGUUCCGGAACCAGAAGCUAAACCUGAACCUGAAGAGGAAAUACACUACAGACUCCCUGCUCCACGACCAGAACUGCCUUCUGGCCGCGACCAAGAGAAUGACCAGCCAAGCCUCAAGAGAAACAAGCCAUCCAUGGAUGCGAUUCUAGACAAGAUGCCAAAACGACCCAUGAGCGCCGAUCCUGCUCCUGUGAGACCAGCUUCACCCGACAGGAAACCGCUUGCCUCGAUGGCCCGAAACACUCCUCUACGCCAUGCUCCUCCCCCGCCCCCAAAGAUGUCUGUCCUUGAGGCUGCCACCGCCACCGCCGGUGCUGCUACAACCACACAAGCAAAGCAGCGAAGGAAUAUUUUGCGUGUGAAUGGUGUUGCCUAUACACGUCUUGAUUGUCUUGGCCGAGGUGGCAGUGGAAAGGUUUACCGUGUUGCCGCUGAAAACGGCAAGAUGUUUGCCCUCAAGCGUGUUUCCCUGGAGAAUGCAGAUGACUCGACCAUCAAGGGAUAUCUUGGUGAAAUCGACCUGCUGAAGAAACUGGGCGAAGUGGAGAGAGUUAUCAAAUUGUUCGAUUGUGAGAUGAACACUGAGAAGCAGGUUCUAACUUUGCUUAUGGAGAUUGGAGAGCUGGAUUUCAACACCUUUUUGAGGAAGCGAUAUAACCCCGAGGCUGCAAAAUUCGACCCAGUUUUCGUGCGAUUCUACUGGAAGGAAAUGCUUGAGUGUUUGCAGGCUGUUCAUCAGUGCGAUAUCGUCCAUUCUGAUCUUAAGCCCGCCAACUUUGUUCUUGUCAAAGGCCAACUCAAGCUCAUUGACUUUGGCAUUGCCAAUGCCAUUCAGACAGAUGAGACUGUCAACGUCCAUCGUGAGACCCAGGUCGGAACCCCGAACUAUAUGUCUCCAGAAUCUCUCAUGGACUCGAACAACCCCCGAGGAGGCCGUGCCCCUGGCCGACCUAAGCUCAUGAAGCUUGGCAAGCCCAGCGACAUUUGGUCUCUGGGCUGCAUUCUGUACCAGAUGGUUUAUGGCUUGCCACCGUUUGGUCACAUUGCCAACCAGAUGUCAAGAUGUCAGGCUAUUAUCAAUUGGGACCAUGAGAUCGAGUUCCCCUCCCGCGGCAUGGGCGGCAUGUCUGUUCCACCUUCUCUCAUCCGCACCAUGAGACGCUGCCUCCACCGCAACCACCAUAUGCGCCCGAACUGCGAGGAGCUACUGCACGAGUCCGACCCCUUCUUGUACCCUGCUGAGCUCACUGAUAAGGCUCUUCCCAUCGACGAGGAACUGCUUGGUAGAAUCAUCCAGAGCGUGGUGACGAGAUGUCGCGAGCGGAUGCCCACCGAGGCUGAAAUCCUUAGUGUUUGGCCACAAGCCUACUGGUCCAGUGUUAAGAAAGCCAUGGCCGGCAGGAUGUAA